UUGUUGAAUUCGUGGUUACCUCUGUGUUGUAGUGGUUACGCUGAAAUUGUGACUUGCAUUUAGUAGUUUGCCUAACUUUAUUUUUUUUCCUUUUUUGUAUUUCGUCAAGUUUCUGAGUCAAUACAUUUAAAUUUGUCAUGCAGACAGACAAAUUAAUCCGCACCCUUUGGCUCAUAAAUGUUUCCUCCAUGUUGCAGAAUGCCUCUUCCUCCGGCACUACUGGCCCGCUUGGCCAAGAGAGGGAUUGUGAAACCAUCAGAGCAAGGGGCAGAUGAGGAGAUUAUUGCUGAAGAUUAUGAUGACAACAAUGUAGAUUAUGAAGCCACCAGGGUGGAAAAUCUGCCACCAAACUGGUAUAAAGUCUUUGACCCUGCCUGUGGUCUUCCUUAUUACUGGAAUGUGGAGACAGAUUUGGUAGCCUGGCUAUCCCCAAAUGACCCAUCUGCUCAGAUAACAAAAGCUGCAAAGAAACAAAAAGCUGAGGGAGAUGAGAGAGGUGAGCGUCAAUUUGACAAGUCCGAUAGAGAGCGGGACAGAGACCGAGAGCGGCACAGAGACAGAGAUCGGGAGAGAGAUCGGGAGAGGGACGAUAGGAGGGACAGAGACAGAAGGAAGCAAAGGCGAGAAGACACAGCCCCUUAUAACAAGGGCAAAAGAGGCAGAAAAGACGAUGAACUGGACCCAAUGGAUCCAAGUGCAUAUUCUGAUGCUCCAAAGGGCUCAUGGUCAAGUGGUCUUCCCAAACGCAAUGAAGCCAAGACAGGAGCCGAUACCACAGCAGCUGGGCCUCUGUUCCAGCAGCGACCGUACCCCAGUCCAGGGGCUGUACUACGGGCUAAUGCAGCUAACCAACUUCCUAAAGAGUAACAUCAACUCCCAGCUGUACUUGGAUGUCAUUUUUGUUUACUGGUAACUCAUAAGUUCAUAUUUCAUAAUAACAUUUGUCUGAAGUUUGGAGAGGGAGUCUUGAUGUAAUAAGCUCAAAUUGUAAACAUCAAACAUGAGGUAGUUGGUCUGACCUUGCAAUACCACUUUGUUCCUAGGGACAGGGGCUAGUGACUCGCUAUACUCAUUACAGUUGUACUAAACCUGGAGGUAGCCCAUGUAAUAUUCUCUCAGUGGGUGUGGAAUAUGAUGUGCUUGCUUUAGAAACUAGAAGAACAGAUGUAAAUAUGUUUUGAUACGAUGUAAAGGAGUGGAUACUUUGGCAUAGAGCCAUCGAGAUGCAUGGUUUGCUAAUAAAUUGAAAGAUAACUGUGAAUGAGUCGUUUUAAACCUAUUGGUUGACCAACUAAUGACAUUAUUUUCAUUCUGUGCAUCCACAAAGGAGAAUGGGCAUGUUCAGAACAACAAUUUGGGACUUAUUUUCGAAAGACAAUGAUAAUUUAUUUUAUGUAUCGGUAUUCUACUUGAUACUAAGAGCGCAAAUCUUGUAAUAUCUGUGCAUAUGCAUGAUUUUAUUACAAACAUUACAAAACAAUAUAUUUUCGUGUUACAAUGAAACACUUCAGUACAGAUGGGAUAAAACUACUUACUUAAAUUCAGCAGUGGUCUGCUGCUCCCAAAUAGUGACAAAUACAGUCAUAGUCCAAAGUAAACACUUUCUUUUCGUAUCUUUCCAGCUGGACCAUUGCUGUGCACUUGUUCUUGUCCCGCUGCAGAAUACGACCCACCUGUACACACACAUUUAGAUAUAAAGUUGAGGGACAGCAUCACAAACACAAUCAAGGGAUGGAA